GGAAGAGUUCUUGAGCCAAAACAGCUCGGCGGGCACUUCCGGGGCUGGAGAAGUAGGUUCCGGGAGGUGCUGGAAGCAGAGGCAGCGGCGGCGGCUGGAGGAUGAAGAAGGAGCAUGUGCUGCACUGUCAGUUCUCCGCGUGGUACCCACUCUUCCGCAAUGUCACCAUCAAGAGUGUCAUUCUUCCACUUCCUCAGAAUGUGAAGGAUUAUUUACUUGAUGAUGGAACUCUGGUGGUUUCAGGAAGGGAAGAUCCUCCAACAUGUUCUCAGCCAGACAGUGAUGAUGAAGCAGAAGAAAUACAGUGGUCAGAUGAUGAAAACACGGCCACACUAACGGCACCGGAGUUUCCUGAGUUCACCACGACAGUCCAAGAAGCUAUCAAUUCCCUGGGGGGCAGUGUAUUUCCUAAGCUUAACUGGAGUGCCCCAAGGGAUGCAUACUGGAUAGCAAUGAAUAGUUCUCUGAAAUGUAAAACCCUCAGCGACAUCUUUCUACUGUUCAAGAGUUCUGAUUUCAUCACUCGUGACUUCACUCAACCAUUUAUCCAUUGUACUGAUGAUUCCCCAGAUCCUUGUAUGGAAUAUGAGCUUGUUCUUCGAAAAUGGUGUGAAUUAAUUCCUGGAGCUGAGUUCCGAUGUUUUGUCAAGGAAAACAAGCUUAUUGCUAUUUCUCAAAGGGAUUAUACACAAUACUAUGAUCAUAUUUCUAAACAAAAGGAGGAUAUUUGCAGAUGCAUACAAGGCUUCUUCAAGAAACAUAUACAGUAUAAAUUCUUAGAUGAAGACUUUGUAUUCGAUAUAUAUAGAGACAGUAGGGGGAAGGUGUGGCUAAUCGAUUUUAAUCCAUUUGGUGAGGUAACAGAUUCACUGCUGUUUACUUGGGAAGAACUGAUAUCUGAACGAAACUUAAAAGGCGAUUUUAGUGAAGGAGAUGCUCUGGAGCAGGAUUCUCCAGCUUUCCGUUGUACAAACAGUGAAGCUACAGUCCAGCCGAGUCCCUAUCUAAGUUAUCGACUGCCCAAGGACUUUGUAGACCUCUCUACUGGAGAAGAUGCUCACAAACUCAUCGAUUUCCUUAAGCUGAAAAGAAAUCAGCAAGAGGAUGACUGAGUAGAGUGCUGGAGUUCAAGACCAAGUGAAGGAGGAAACCACCACUCCUUUAGGAACUGUUCACGGUUCACAGCAUCCUAGUAACCCAGUCGGUGGGUGGGGUGGGCAACGUGGAAAUCAAUCGCUUUUUAUAUUCAUGUAUAUUAAACUGGGAAAAAAACAGGGACUUUGCUACUUGUAAAAAUAACAUAAUAAAUAGAACUUAAAUUUAGGAAAGCAUACUGUUCUGAUGAUAACAUAAUUUCUGUGAAAUACCUUUCCCUUUUGGCUCAGUCUAUUUAGAUGUAUCUGUGUUUCUUAUGCUAUUUUUAUACCUAUCAGGCAGAUGGGAAAAUUUAUAUUUGUUAUACAGAAGUAGAUUCUUUCCUAAUCAUUCCUUUUCCAUUAAAAAAAAAAAUAGAACCUCAUAUUACUAUAGAAAAUAUUUUUCCUACUUGGAGGAUUUUCAUAUAAUCUUUCUGUCAGUUUAGCUUCAAUUUGGGUAUAACUAAAAGAAUGCAGGCACCUCAAACUAAAAUAACCUUGAAAAUUUCAGUAUAUUACAGCCAUCUUAAUGUACCCUAUGUCAGUAAAACUAGCACAGAUUUCAUUAGAAUUUGGCAUUUUAAAAAAAUACUGGAAUCAUUGGGAGGUAGAUUCACUUUUUGGGCCGCCAUUUUGGUACUUCUUCGGUGGCCUGAUUGAUGAGGAUGAUCAUGGUGUCAUCAGAGUGCCUGGGCACUGACUGCAUCCAAGACACUGCUGUGUGCUCUUUGAGUUAUUUUACGUCACAGAAGUUUGAAGAGACAGAUGUCACCGUUGCCCGGGGUAUCUAUUUAACUUGGUAUCAAAUAAUAUUUCACUAGUUGGAGGGAUGUUUGUUAGCACAGGAGACACAUAUGAGAGCUGUCCAAGGAAGAUGUGGAGAGAGGUGAGGCAAAGCCGCCUUCUUUGUACAGUUAAGUCAGCUUAUGUAUAAUGCUGCAGCAGAUCCUUCCUAUUUGCACUAUCUCAAAACUCUGUAGCUUUCUGUGUGGUUUCUCAGUUACAGUUCCUUGAUAUUCAUGUUUUAAAUACAAAGAUCAAGUUGUGAUCUUUGUACUCAGUGUAUCAGAUGCCAUUUCUGAGGUCUAAUUUUUGCACUAAUUUUCUUAGAGAAAUUGAGUUCAACUCUCACUUUACAUUAACCCUUUGCACUCGUUUGCUUUUUUCUCGAUUCCUUUAUUCUACUUGGGAUUUAAUUUUUUAAAUACCCCAGAUUUUCCAAAGUGCAGCAGUAGAAUAAAAAACUGGAGUUUCUUUUCAUACAAACUUAUUUAUUUGGAUUUUUUUUAUAUCUCAAAUUAUUGACAUUCAAUACAAUUCGACAUACGAGCUGCUACCGAUGCUAACCGUGUCGAGUCACACUCGACAUCCAAGUGCAAAAGGUUAAAAAUGUGAUUUUUGUUCAUUGUUUAUUAAAUUUAGUGACCCAGUGCACCAAUUCAUGCACAUUGAAAGGAAAUUAAUUAGAAGAAAUAUUUUAAUAUCACUAUUCACCCUUUCUCUAUGACAGGAGUGUCAACCAAAUUCACGAUUGACAACAACAGAUCGAAAUACACACAUGUGAUUGGCACCAGCGAGAGCUUUAUAUAUAUCGUGCAUGUGCGAGUCAACUUAGCCUUUUAUAUAUAUAUAAUAAACUUGCUUAAUUAGACCUGC